GGCUGUCAGGAUGUCGACGACGCUCUUUCUAUCCGUCUGAUACCUGGACGUGUUGGUACUGGGGAAUCGCCCUCCGUCAUUCAACUAGGCGUGCAUAUUGCUGACGUCACUUAUUUUCUGCCCAUAGGUAGCUAUGUGGACGCAGAGGCUAGACGACGCUCGACUUCUGUCUACUUAGCCGAUAGAAGAUACGACAUGCUUCCUGGCAUCCUGAGCGGUGAUAUUUGCUCACUAUGGAGCCAGGCUGAUCGGUUAGUUAGUCAGAAUAUCUAA